ACGAGACUACGACGGUUAGGGAGGCGGAUCCCGGAACCAACAGACGCUGGAGUAGGCUGGCAUGGCUAAGAUGUGGGAAUUUGACGCCUUCAUUGACGAAGGAGACGAAGACUUCGCUUCGUACGUGGAAAGAUUUGGGCACUAUUGCAAGGUAGCCAACGUGCAAGACGAAGAACUUAGGAAGUCAGCCUUCAUCACUGCCAUAGGGAAGAAAGUGUACAAGACGCUCAAAGAUUUGCUUCUACCGUCAAAGCCGGAAGAGAAGUCAUUCAAAGAUUUGGUGAAGGUACUGAGCGAACACUACGGGCCUACAAGCCAAGUCAUUGCGGAGCGCUUCAAAUUUAACCGGCGCUACCAAGGGGAAGGGGAGUCCGUCGCAGUUUUUGCAGUCGCGCUGAAGCACAUGGCUGCGAAAUGCGAGUUCGGCCAGUUUCUCGACGACGCGUUGCGGGACCGGUUCGUCGCGGGACUGCGGAACCCAGCCAUCCAGACAGGAUUGCUCAAGAAAAAGGAGCUGACGUUCGAGACGGCGUGUGAGUUCGCCAAGAGCGUCGAAUUGGCCGAGCGAGAGUCUAGGGGCUUCCGACCAGUUGCUGGAACAGACGUCGAAGUCCAUGCGAUCAAAAAGACAAGCAGGAAGCCUGUUUCGGGGAGUGAAACGAGAACAGCCAAGAACAAAUGUUAUCGGUGCGGUGAAGAACAUGACGCAAAUUCGUGUCGCUAUCGAAAGACAAGAUGUUAUCACUGCAAGCGCACGGGGCAUCUGUCUCGCGUGUGCAGAUCUAGGCAGACAUCGGCCGACGCGGUUCAUAACGUGGACGACGAACAGCCUGAUAGCGAGCUGUUGUUAUACAGCGUGUAUCACGUCGGGACAACGAAGCGACCGUAUGAAGUGGAAGUGCGGCUUGAAGGUAUGACUGUGAAAAUGCAAGUUGAUACAGGCGCAGCUGUUUCGCUCCUGUCAGAAAGCCUGUUCAAGCUGCUAAAACAACCGCCGUCGCUUGCGCAGUGCGCACUGAAGCUCAAAACGUACGGCGGAACGCCGCUUGAAGUCAUAGGCCAGGGCCAAGUCGCUGUGGAAUAUAACGGACAACGGAAGGUUCUGCAAAUCAUCGUGGUACCCGGAGACAAGCCAGCGUUGCUUGGGCGCGACUGGAUUGAGAGCCUCGGGGUCGACUUGAACAGCAUUCACGAGGUCCACACCGAGCUAGCUCCGGACAGCCUCGUUAGAAGAACGAACGCUGUGCAGCAUACGAGGACACCGCCGUACCACCCAGCCUCAAAUGGAGCAGCGGAAAGACUUGUCCAGACAGUCAAACGAAGUCUCCUACGCCAAUUUCGGGAUGAGGAGAGCACAGGAGUGACUCGGACGAUUCGACAUCGACUGGAUCAGUUUCUCUUCGUAUACCGUAACACACCGUGUCCAACAACUGGUAAGACGCCAGCCGAACUUUUUCUGUCCUGGAAGCCACGCACGAGGCUGAGCAUCUUGCACCCCGAAUUAGCAAAGCGGACGGAAAGAGGUAUUACUCAAGGGCAAAGCCGCCCAAACGGAACUUCAUGGAGGGAGUUCGAAGCGGGCGAUAGCGUUCGAGUAAGAGGGACCAGACCGGGUGAUCCAAAAUGGUUAGAAGGCACUGUCGUGCGGCGCGUCAGCUUGUCUACAUACAUAGUCAGGGUUCAAAGCCAAGAGAGGUUUGUCCAUGUGGACGACAUUACUUCACACGCAUUUGCUAUUCCUGCACCCAGAACGAUUCGGAUUCCAGAGGAGACCAGUACACAGCAACCGCCUGACCCGGCUUUAGCAGUCCAGCCUCAAGUAGAAGACGAAACAGGGACCCCAUUGGCAACGCCGGUGUCUACUGAAGAUGAAGUCGCCACGGAAAACAACGCUCCGGUACCGCAACUACGACGAAGCUCGAGAACACGAAAGCAACCCGAACGUUAUGGCUUUGAAACAAAAUAAAAAGGGAAGGAAUGUAGUAGCCGAUAGGAGGCCUAUCGGCAUGACGUCACAUACACUGCGUGGCGUAUCUGUAUAUAUCGGCAUGCGUGCCGUGGCCUUGUGGCAUUAAACCAGUUCCCACCUAGCUUGC